CCUUCCCCGAAAGCCUGGAGCCGCACUGUUGGUGGAAAGACUACAACUCCCAGCGUCCCCUGCGGCGCCCAAGGACUUCAAUUCCCAGUCAGCCCGCGCCUUCGGACUGCGAAGGGCGGAGCGGCAGUAUGGCGGCCCCCGGAGCUGGAGAUCCUCUCGAAGCUAAGAGUAGCAAGGCCCCUCUGGCUCAGCGCAUCGAUCCAAGUCGGGACAAGCUGACUCCUGCGCAACUGCAGUUCAUGCGGCAGGUGCAGCUUGCCCAGUGGCAGAAGGCGCUACCACAGCGGCGGACUCGGAACGUCCUGACCGGCCUCGGCAUCGGGGCCCUGGUGUUAGCUAUCUAUGGUUACACCUUCUACUCGGUGUCCCAGGAGCGUUUCCUAGAUGACCUGGAGGAGGAAGCCAAAGCUGCCCGAGCCCGUGCCCUGGCAAGGGCAUCAGGACCCUGAUCCAGUUGAGCACUGCACACUUCCAACCUGCUGGAGCCCCUGACAUGAUGGGUGAUGCCCCAUAACCCUGUAGAAAUGGAAACCUGGUCACAGCAUUGCUGGUCUUCUUACUAACCUUGGACGAUUAACUGAGCCCAAGAAGCCAGAGAGUUAUGCAUUUCAAGGCCCACUUCACACUCAUUGUGCGUGGGGACUGAGAUUAUAGUUUGUUUCCUUGUUUGAGAGCUGUGACCUUGACAUUUCUCAAGUUUUCUGACUUUAUGGUUUACCCCCUUCACCUGUCAGUGUCUUGACUGUUAUGGGAGUAGGGGUGGCAGCUCUGUGCAGUGUUAGAGCCUAAAGUGGGAAAGAUGGGUUUAGGUUAAGAAAAUAAACUGUCAUCUCUCAUGGAGCCAAAUAAGUGUGUUGGGACCAAGGGAUGGCAUGACACUUCAUGCUGGAAAGCUCUGCAGGCAGUAGCUGGAGCAGUGGCAUGCCCCAGGGAGCUGCUGUAAAUAUUUAACUAAAAUUACUUUUUUCCUUGAGAUUUUUCCACAUGAUUUAAGGGAAAGAUCAUUGGGGCGGGGAGAAUGUCACUGGGCUAUUUGAGACUAAACCAAUGUUUUAGGUGAAGGAAGGUCAGUCACCCUUUUGCCCUUUAUCCCCAAGAACAAUACAUCCUUACCCCAACUUAUCUGCCUUUUCCCUUCACUAGAGAGGUAGAUGAAGGAUGAGAGACAGACAACCUCCUUCCUUUUCAUUUCUAUUGUGUCCUGCCUAUUUAGGUCUAGGGUGGGGUCUGGAUGGGAUCUUAGCUUGGUGAGAUGGAUCAUUGACUUGUCAGUUUCCUCAUGAAUAGCUGGCUGGCAGGAAGCCAGAAGGCUGGGCAGCUUCUACCCCUACUUUCCAUUGUGAGAGGAAAGUUCUUUCUAAAUCUUUCCCUGCCUCACCCAGAACUGGCUUUCCCCCCAGUUCUUAAGGCACAACAUAUACAAAUCCAGAGUACUAGUUUCCAGCAUUUUUAUUGGCUGCUCUUAAUUCUGGUAUAAGAACACCCCCUCCAUUCGCCCAUCUGGGACUGCACCCUCUAGAAGCAUGUGGACUUGGAUGGGACUGCUUAGUGGUUGACCCUUAGCUGGGGAGGUGACAGGGAUGAGAGUUGCAGGCUGUAGAACCAACACCUCUGCACACAGCAAUCAGUUCCCACACUUGGCUUCCCUGUGGUGGAGCAGCUCUCUCCAUGCCCCUCUGGCCUUCUACUCCCUCGGUGCCAGGGCCUUCCUUGCACAGUUCUGUUGGUCAGCAGAUUCUGAGAGCACAAGCUCCAUGGUGGUUCUUGGUGUGGGAGAGACACAUGGCUUCUGUUCUGAAAUCACUGGAGGGGGGGAGAAGGCACUGAAGAAACCUCCAGAGUGAGAGGAAGGUGAAGCUGCAACCAGUUACCAUUCCCAGGCUCUCCCUCUCUUGGGCCCGCCCUCACCAUCCUGCCAACAUCCCCGGCGAAUGUCACCCCCUUGCUUGCCCGCUGCUCCUGGGAGCCGGUGCUGCUGCCACUCAGAGAGUUCCUUCGCAUGAUGCCUGGGUGCAGGAUGGGGAAGGAGAGCAGCACUGAAUGAGGGAAGGGACCGUGGGGAGAGGGAGGCUAGUCCCCCCAAACCAAGGGGCAGACUGCCAGGGCCUGGAAGAAAGCCAGGUCAGUUGGGGAGGGGGCAGGAAAGAUGGAAGCUGGUGUCCGCAGUCUCACCAGGACCUGGGGGCUCUGAGCGCUGCAGGCUGUUUCUGCGGGAGGUAGGGAAGCUGCCCUUGGAGAGGCGCCGCUGGCGGCUGGACAGCAUGGCAGCUGGUGCCACUAUACCCGGUGGGGGCUGCUUCCCAAGCCGGCUGUACAAGUCCUCGAUUUCCUUUUUCUGUAGUGUCUGUAGUGCCUCCACCUCUGACAAGUGCCUGAGGACGCACCGAGCAUGAGAGGGUUAGCUGUGCACUUCGCUUUCCCAAGAGUUCCUCUUGUCCUCCCUCCUCCCCAGACUUACUUCUGCCGAAGACUCUGCAGCUCAGCCCAGAACUCCUCAUCCUCCCCACUGCUCUCUGACUCCUCACUGCUCAGACACAGGCUGCUGUACGAGUAAUUCAUCCAUACUGGGCUGGGAUGGCUCAGGGGUGGGGGGCUGCCCCCCACUCUGGGUUCCUUCCCAUCGUCCCCUUCUUCCUCAAUUCUAGCCCCUAGGCCUUCGGCUGCACGGUCACUCUCAGCCAGCGCUUCCCUGGCCUCUGGCCUGCUUCCAGCACUGUCUUCUGUGUCGGAGCUCUCCGAGGUCAGCUGAGGGGUUGGAGGCUUCAGGGAACCAGAAAGGGUUGAAGAUGUUGGCUGCAGGGGAAGAGUCUCAGCUGGUUCCUUGGAUGAAGUCACUUGGAAACGCCCAACAAGUUGGGGCUUUCCUUCUGUAGAGAGACAAGGAGUUGGGAUGAGGAAGGUUUAUCAGUGGCUGGAUAUAAAGAGGACUGAGGACAGUGGUCAGUCUCUCACCUUCAGAGAUGGGUGCCAGUCUAGCUUCACCCAGCAGUGACCGAGCUGGAUUGGGAGAGGCCUGCAAAAAGUAGGUCCUUGAAGGAACUGAUAGAAUGGAGCCCCUUAUUCAUCCCCCGUGGUCUCCUACUCACCUCACUCUCCAUCUCAGUUGUCAGGGGUGAAAGCCUCUCCUGGUCACAAGGAGCAAGGGCAGG